CAGAAGCUUUCCUUAGCAAGAAGUUUCUGUUGUCUUUUUUUUCCCUAGAAAAGUCUUCAAUUUACGACACAUUUCCCUUUUACUCUACACUAUUAUUAUUAAUUGAAAAUCUUGUUUUUAAAACAAGAACACUGUAACUUAUUUAUAGAAUAAUCACAAGUAUGACUUCAACUAAGGAAACUGGUAAAGCAGACGCACCCAAAAAUAGCCUUGGAAUCCCAGCUGCAGUGUUUGUCGAAGAUGUUGAUAGUUUUAUGAAAGGUGAUGAAAACCAAGAAAAUGCUGAAUUAGUUUUGAGGCAAUUAGAUGAGCAGCAUAGUAAAUAUAAGUUUAUGGAAAUGAAUCUUAUGAGGAAGAAAAGAAUCCUAAAGAAACAAAUUCCUGAUAUCAAAACAUCAUUAGAUAUGCUCAAGUUAUUAAAAACUAAAAAGGAAGAAUCAGCAAAUGUGGAUACUCAGUUUAUGGUUUGUGAUGAUCUCUAUAUAAAAGCUAAAGUGCCCCCAACUGAUAAAGUUGGUUUAUGGCUUGGAGCUAAUGUUAUGUUAGAGUAUACAUUAAAAGAUGCAGAGGAUUUGUUAUCCAGAAAUUUUCAAACUGCUACAAAAAAUCUUUCUCAAUUAGAAGAAGAUUUAGAUUUCUUACGCGAUCAACUUACUACUACUGAAGUCAAUAUGGCAAGAGUUUAUAAUUGGGACGUCAAAAGAAGAGCAGCAGAGAAAGAAAAAACUGCUCCAGUUCUUUAAUUUGCAGUGUAUUUGAUUCCAUUUGUAUAAAUGCAUAAUUUCUUCUUAUUUUGUGUAAGUUAUUUUUUAAUAAUAAAAAUAAUGGCUUCCCUCAUCAACACUCUAACAAGGCAUGCAGUCAACUUAUUAUUGAACUUGUAUCUUACCGAGGAUUUAAAUUAUAUAAUUUCCUUUGCUGUGUUAAAGAGAAUUUUUUCAUGCUGUAUUGAUUACAAAGAUGUCUGGUAACUGUAAUUAAAAAGUUUUUUUAUUGGC